AUGACCACCACCGCAUCCACCCCUCCCCCCAACCCCCUCAAAGCCUUCACCCAACUCUCCCCCUCCGUCUACAUCCACUGUCCAGCCAAUGCUCCCCACAAACCAGAGCAGAUCAUAAUCCUCGCCUUCUGGAUGAACGCCCACCCGCGCACCCUCACCAAAUACCUAACCACCUACCUCGACCUCUACCCCCGCGCCACGAUCCUGUACACGCUCUCCACCUCCCUGGACUUUUUGAUUAAUUUCACCGCCCGCACGCAGCACGCGCGCCUGCAACCCGCCGUCACCGCUCUCCGGGCCGCCGCCGCCGCCGACGCAACAACCAGCCGGGACGACCCAAGCCGCGGGCCGGGCUCCUCCCACCCCCGCGUCUACAUCCACAUGUUCUCCAACGGCGGCACCUUCGCCGUCGCCCACCUGCUCGAGGCCUACCGGGCUGCCACGGGCCGCCCGCUGGCCGUCGAGGCCAUGCUCUACGACAGCGCGCCGGGCACCUCGACCUUCCGCGGCGGCAUGCGCGCGCUGGCCGUCGGGUUGCCGGCGAACCCGGUGCUGCGGCUGCUGGGGAUGCUGGUGCUGGCGGGGAUUAUGGGGUGGUCGAUGCUGUUGACAACCGUCAUGCCGCGCGCGGAUGGGGUGAUGGUCGGGCGGCGGGGGACGGUGGAUGCGGGGUUGGUGGUGCGGGGGGGUUCCCGCACGGAGGGGGCGGAGGCUGCGCCGAGGAGAUGUUAUCUGUACUCCGAGGGGGAUCGGGUGGUCGAUGCGAGGGAUGUGGAGAGUCAUGCUGAGGAGGUUGCGCGGCAGGGGUGGGAGGUCGAGAGGGUCAAGUUUGACGGGUCGGCGCAUGUGUCGCAUAUGAGGACCGAUCCGGACCGGUACUGGGGGGUCGUGCGGAGGUAUUUUGGCGGGGUUUAG